UAAAUUGUGAAAGAGUAGAAAGUAGGAGAAUUGACAGAAAUACAGCCCGCCUUUUAGCUAUUGAGCCAGGCUCGUCAUUAUUCAUGGCACAAGGAGGACCUAACUUUGAAGGAAAUCAAUUUGUUGGGAGUAUAAAUGAAUUAAAAAUACAUGAAGAUGUAGGAGAAGCAGAAAGAGAUUGUUCAGAGUCCAUAUCUGGAUCUGGACAGACCUCAGGAGAUGACGAGGACGAUCUCAACACACCUUCACCAUUACCACCUAUUACAGAUAUUGAUGAAAUUCUACCCGGAAAUGGAGAGAAGGGAGAAAAAGGUGACAUAGGGCAAACUGGGCCACAGGGAAUGAAAGGUCAAAAGGGAGAACAAGGAGCCCGAGGUCUACCUGGACCGAUGCCAACUCUACCACCACCUCCUCCUCAACCACCAUCUCUGAAGGGAGCUAAGGGCGAUAUGGGAGAGAAAGGAGACAGUGGAGCAGUUGGUGUCCCUGGAUUUCCAGGACAAAAAGGAGAGAUGGGCAGUGAAGGACCCGCAGGUUUACCAGGCAUGCCGGGUACACCUGGUGAAAAAGGAGAGAUGGGAAUGCAAGGCAUGCCAGGCAAUCCAGGCAUUGGGACAGCAGGACAGAAGGGAGAGCGAGGCGAUGCAGCAAUUGUGGACCACGACGAGAUUGCAACCAUCUUACUUGGCAUGUCUGAAUUCAACAUCAAGGGUGAGGCUGGAGAGAAAGGAGCCAUGGGAAUGGAUGGUCCUGCUGGUCCUGAGGGACUUGCUGGAAGAGAUGGGCUCCCUGGUGCCCAAGGAGAGCCAGGAAUGAUUGGACAACCUGGGCAAAUGGGACCAAAGGGAGACAAGGGUGAAAUGGGAAUGGGAAUUCCAGGAUCUGAUGGUUUACCUGGUCCUAUUGGACCCCCUGGACCUACUGGUCUUACAGGUCCCCAGGGUAGGCCAGGACCACCAGGGCCCCCAGGACCAGCUAUGGUAGUUGAGGGGUCAGGAGAAGAUUCUGUCGGAGAGAUGGGUCCUCAAGGACCCCAGGGAGAAGCCGGUGAACCUGGUCUUCCUGGACCAAUGGGAAUCCAAGGCCCUGUGGGACCUAUGGGUUCCCCUGGAAUCCCAGGAUUACCUGGAAUGAAAGGAGAGCCUGGAGUAUUUGCCUACAACAUGUCUGACUUAAUGGGACCACCAGGAAAACCAGGUGUUCCUGGAACACCAGGCUUACCGGGCAUGACUGGAGCAUCUGGAAAUGAUGGACAAAGAGGCCCCUUGGGACCCAAGGGAGAUAAGGGAGAGAGGGGACUUCAAGGAAUGGCUGGAAUACCAGGUGUUGAUGGUUCAGAUGGACGUGACGGAAAGGCAGGUCCUAUAGGUCUUCCAGGUCGUGAUGGUACCAAUGGAGUGAUGGGCCCUAUGGGACCCCCUGGCCCACCCGGUCCUCCGGGAACUGGCAUAGGAGGGGAUGAUGAUGAUUUGGUUGUGGGAUCUGGAGGUGGCAGUUGUGAUUGUGAAGGCGUUGUUGGCCCUAUGGGACCUGCUGGACCAACUGGUCCUCGUGGAGUUCCAGGACUGCCCGGUGUUGAUGGCCUUGAAGGACAAACUGGGCCGAGAGGAGUGGCUGGAAUACCAGGAAGAGAUGGAGAAAGUGGACCAAAAGGCGAUCAGGGUGCUGCUGGUAUGGAUGGGGAGCCAGGUAAUCCUGGACCCCAGGGUCGAGCAGGUGCUCCAGGGGUGCCUGGCACUCCUGGUACAGAUGGAGCAGAUGGAAUGCCAGGAAUGAAGGGUGAGACUGGUGCUGAUGGUGUUGGUAUAGUUGGACCAGUUGGGCCUGCUGGAGAUGAUGGUAGAGACGGCGCCACAGGACCUCCUGGUCUCCCUGGACCCCCAGGUCCUCCAGGUCCCCCUGGAUCUUCAGUUAUGGUAGAAGGUGUUGGAUCUGGAGAGGAGGGUGCCAUUGAGUUCGAAAGCGGAGUAUCUGGUGCAAAGGGAGAGAAGGGAGAUGCUGGUGUGGCUGGUCCAAGAGGUAUUGAUGGUUUCCAAGGCAAGAGGGGGCCUGCUGGACUCCCUGGACCUGCUGGUCAGGAUGGGAAAAUGGGACAUCCUGGAGAGCCUGGUCGCAAGGGAAAUGCAGGAACACCAGGACGUGAUGGAAUGGAUGGUGCACCAGGACCACAAGGGCUUCAAGGAAUCCAAGGAGCCCCUGGAGAAGCUGGUCUGCCUGGACUUCCAGGUGACGAGGGACCUGCUGGUCCCGCAGGACCUGCUGGUGCCCCUGGUCUACCUGGACCACCAGGGCCACGGGGAGUAGGUGGAGAUGGAGAAACAGUGAUUGGCGAUGGUGAAAAGGGAGAGAGGGGAGAAGUUGGAACACCAGGACGUGACGGGCUUCCAGGAGAACCAGGACAGCCAGGACCCAUUGGACCACGUGGAUUCCGAGGAUCUAAGGGUGCAAUUGGCAUGCCAGGCUUGAUGGGUCGUCGAGGAUGGAGAGGAAGGAAAGGAGAACGUGGAUAUGGACAAAGAGGACCCAAAGGUGAACCAGGUGUACCAGGUGUAGUAGGAGCUGGUGGAGUAGUAGGGUCAGGAUCAAAGGGUGAGCCAGGUGAAAUUGGUCUACCAGGGCUUCCAGGUAGUCCCGGACAAGAUGGUACUAAUGGCAGACCAGGAGUCACUGGCAGGUCUGGUGAAGCAGGAGAAAAAGGAUCAAAAGGAGAUGUUGGAAGAGAAGGACCUAGGGGACCACCUGGACUCCCAGGUUCUAGUAAUAUAUUUGGAGAAUCAACAUUGGAGGGACCAAGGGGACCUGCAGGGCCACCAGGACCACCUGGCCGGCCAGGACAGCCAGGUACCCCAGGAACCCCUGGAACCAAUGGUGGACCAGUCAACCUGUCAGGAGCAUCAUCUGGAGCUGUUGUGUUCAACACAGCCAAUGAACUGAUGUCUGUGGCCAACAACUUACCCCCAGGAACAUUUGUCUACAUUAACAACGAAGAGAAGGUUUACCUGCGUGUAAACAAUGGUUUCAGAUUGAUACAGUUGGGACAUUUCCUGCCUUUGCCAACACCAACCACUGCUGCACCCACCAACGCUCCGGCACCAAUCAGAAUUCGGCCAAAGACCACUGCAGAACCCUACUUCCCACCUUCUGACUCUGGCAGACUAAGCAACGACCGGAGCACCAGGAGGCUGUACAUGUUUGCUCUGAACAAACCAUAUAGUGGAAACAUUCGCGGAAUCCGUGGGGCAGACUACGAGUGUUACAAAGAGUCUAGACGAGCAAAUGUGGCCAUAAGAAAGAAGACAUUCCGAGCACUGCUUUCCAGCUCCACACAAGAUCUUAGGUCUAUUGUCCCAUUAGGGAAGGACCAGACUAUACCUAUCGUCAAUAAAAACAAUGAAAUUCUGUUCGAUUCAUGGAGAAAAAUAUUUGAUGGCAAUGGCGGAACCUUCAACACUUCCACCCCGAUCUACUCAUUUGAUGAACAAAAUGUUAUGACAAGUCAACGAUGGCCACAGAAAUAUGUAUGGCAUGGAUCUGAUCCUGAAGGUGCUAUGAGGAAAGACUUUUCAUGCCACGGCUGGCAUUCAGGAUUCAGGAGGUCGAAGGGAUUAGCAUCUAACUUGUAUGAUGGCAAGCUUGUUGAUACCAACAAAUUCACUUGUAACAACAAGUUUGUGGUACUGUGUAUCCAGAACACAAGCGAAAGAAUGAGGAAGUAAGAAUGUUUCACAAAUCGUCUGUUCUGCUUUUUAUUCCUAUCACACAAGAGGAAAUAAGGAAACAUGGCCUUUAUAUUGGACCAGAGUGAUGGAGUUUUCUCACGGUUCAAUUAAAGGUUUUCUUCAUGUUCCUCUGUUGUUAUUUCCAACUCAUGAAUUUGCAGAAUUUUAACUCUGCAUCAAAAUGCAAAUCUCUAAUACCAAUUAUGUAAAUAUGCAAAUUAGACAAAAUGUUUGCAAAAGUUUUGCCAAAAAUUUUGCAUACAUCUGUGAGAGAUUGGCCUCGGAAUAAAUGAACACAUGUAUUUGGGAACAAGCAGGAUGAAGUUUGGAUGGUGGAUCCUAACCAUUAACAUUGCUAAUCGUGACAUAUUAAGCCUGUGACUGUGAUAUUUUUAAAGAUGAAUAUAUUUAUUGUGCCUUGUUCUAGAAUCCUUCUGCAAUAACAUCUUGUCAGAUUGACAGUGGAGAUGUUGUUGCUGAAGAGCAUUUUGGUGAUGCUUCCCCAAUCCCUCAUUUUAAGAGAUGAAUGUGGUCUACUGAGGUAAUUUCCAAAUCCCUAUCAGUGUAGAGGGGAGUUACAAUUUCUUUGUGGCCAAUCUAUGGGGUGAUAUCACAUGGGAAAGUCAGAUUAGUUGACGCAGCGCAGAAGGGUGAAAUCCUAGUAACGACUUGUAAAAGAAACAUCAACAAUUUGUUUUCAGGAUAGACUGUUAAAUGAAUAUAUCCUAAAGCAAAUUAUAAUUAAACCAUAUAUGGAAAUACCAAUUAUUUAGACAUUGUAGUAAUUUUUUUAUUUGUUUACAAUGGUCGGUGACAAAAGUGGAAGCAUUUUGUAUUUAUAUAGCUUAUUAUUCGCUGAAGAGGAAAACUUAUGCAACCAAAAUUUGCCUUUUUUAUUUAAAAAGAAAAAAAAAGCAUUUUUGUUUGUUUACGCAUUUUAAAUUUUGCUCAUUCAGAUGAAUAUUUUUUUUCGAUGUAAGCUGCAUGCACUGUUAGUACCUAUCAAAAAAAAAAACAAAAAUAUGUGUACAUGAUUUCAGAUGUAUUGUUAACUUGUAUUUGUAUUGUCUUUUCUCCAAUUGCCAUAUAUGUAUCGCAAGUUAAAUGACCUUAUGCCAUAGUCAUCUACCUGUUGAUCAUUAAUUUCGUAAUUCUACAUCAAAACUUUUAACUGUAAAAAAUGCUUUUGUUUAACCUAUAUCCAACUAAUCCUCGUCAAUUCUGCUUACAUGAUACACCAGUAGAUGUCUCUGAUAAGUUGACAGAUGGACUCCUGGGUGUAAAAACAUGUCACUCAAACCAUAUAUUUCCAUGAAGGAAGGUUCUGCAUAAUGAAUUUUUGUGUUUUUUUGUUGCUUAAAGAAUAUCAAGGUGUUGGUUGGAAUGGUUCAAGAGAUUUCAUUGAAGAUGGGGGUUAUAUAAUUCUGUCCUUUAAAAGAACAAAAAUUGAUUUCAUGGAAAGUUAAUCAAAAUUUGUUUCUAGUCAUUGUGACAGCCUAAAGCUAGAUAAUUUGUCUUAUCCAUGAAAGUUUGUAAACAGAUAGAAACUAAUAAUGUUAUUUAUGAUGUUGUUUCUUUACAAAAUAUCUUAUUGAUAAACAAUUUCAAUUUCACUGAAUAGAAAUAAAUGUAAAUAUUCUUCAAUAAUUAUAACAAAAUGCAAACUCUAUUAGGUAACAUGUCACUUAUCUAAGUAACACAAAUCAAUUUAGAAAAGCAGAUUUCUAAAGGGUGUAAUAUCAGUACUUACUGGGGUUUUUACACCAUAAAAGUAAAUGGUAUAUACGGUAUCACGCCCACAUGAAUCAUUUUAUUAAUAUGAUGUCUCUGUCUGUGACUUUCAUUUUCUCAUUUUCUAUUGUAAUAUCACAUUCUGCUUAAUAUCACAUUCUGCUUAAUAUCAUAUUUUCUCUGACACAUGGCAAUGUGAUAUAAAGCAGAAUGCUCUGUAGCACUAUAUGGUAAACUGUAUCAGAUUUUUAUUCUUAAUGUUUUGAGUAUUUGCCUUUAUAUAUAUAUAUAAUUCCAUUAACAAAUGAAUGUAUGAAACAGGCGAUUGAAAAUUUGAUAUCUGUGUUUGCUAAUGGAAGACCUGGUUUAUAGCAAUGUGUUACUCUUUCAUUCCUUUAGUAAUUUUGCUUAUGAAAUUUAUUUUGAAUGAAAUAUUUUUGAAACAAAUAAAAUUGAUGUGCACUGUUCUAGUCAGAUGGACAUCAUUUAAAUCAGGUGUUACAAAUGUGUAAACUUAAAAUCAAUAUAAUUGGAAUUUUGAUCUGUUAGUUUUACUAUAAACUUCAGUAACAAAUAGAAAACAUGAAAAUUUGUAAGAAUACAUAUAUAUUCAGAAAGUUUAAGUAUAAUUAAAAUUAAAAAUUUUUAUGCAGACAUUUUAUAUCUUGUUUUGGAGCUUUAAAUUAUGGGAAGAGUUUUCCUUCUGUAAAAACUGCCUUACAGUCACAAUGUUACGUAGGGUACUGCAAUGCACUCUGGGACAGAUUGAAAUCCUAUGUGUAUUGAUACCAAUCUGUAUGUAAAAUUCAUGUGACACUUAACAAAUCUAUUAUAACUAACCUGACCUUCAAGAUCAGUAAUUAUUCUUUUAGAUAAAUAAUAUCUAGUUUUAUUUACCAAGAUACAGAUAAUGAUGAGUAUGAUUCUGUCAUUAAAUCUUUGAAUAAAUCAUUUUUAUUGAUCUCUUUUUUUUUUAUUGAUACAAUGCCUUAUAAUACUUUUCAGAUGUUUUUGGUUUUAUUUUUAUUGCUUUGUAUGUGUUGGUGUAGCUUAUGGAUUUAUCAAUGGAUAUGGCCAGUUAUGUGUCAAGUAUUUACUAAUAUAGCGUGUAGUGAGAAAACUGCCUGAACUGACCACCAGCGAUUCCAGCCCAAUAUAAAACGUCACAAAAAGUUCGGGACUUUAGAGGUUUCCAGUCCGAUCUUAGUUCAUCAAUAUUCUCAAAUGUCAGAUGAUUGUAGUCUGUGCUACACAACAAUGGUAAUCAAUUCAAAAUCUGAACACUUACUCAGACACCUGGCCCAUGAUCAUAAAACAGAUUUUUGUCAAAACUUUAAUUUUCUUUUUUCAAGUUAAUAUCUUUUCCUGAGAGAAAAUUAAAAAAAUAUUGUGCAAUAGUAUAUUUAUAAUAAAUGUUGAUGUACAGUAUUUUGGUACAUUUUGUAUAUUGUGGCUUGGCCGAUGAUGAUUUUCAGUAGUGAAUGAUAUACACUGGUUAUAGAGAUAUGGAUGAAUGCUCUAAGUCCAUUGGACAAGUCAAUUUUACAACAGGAGCUAUAACCAAAGGUCCUGCUGGGGACAUUUUUGAUAUUUUUACCAAAAAUUGAUGACAUUCGUGUUAACUGAUCCUGGGCCAGGAAUUAGGACUACAAUCUGUAGUGCCAAUAUUUUAUGUAUACACUGGAGUAAAAUUUACCAUAUUUAUCCACUGAUAAGUUUGUACCUAGUUAUAACUCAUGUGUAGGAAUGGUUGUUACUGGAUAUCGUCAAACACUGCUACUACAAGGCCUUGUAAUUAACUCCAUAGAGGAAGAGCUAUGUGUUAGGCCCCUUAUUGUAGAAUAAAUAUGGUACAUUCUUUAAUCACAUGGUGUAUUUCCUUUAACACUUUUCUAGAACCUUAUGUCAGAUUAGGCAGGUUUAAUAGUAUAAGUCACUUCCUUAUAAUAAUUACAUAUUAAAUGUUGUAUGUUACUUAGAAUUCAUCAUACUGUGCAUGUUAUACUUCAUAAUUCUGUCACUGUUCACUAUCUCAUUCUGUCCAUAAAAUGGAAUAAUCAUGAAGUUGGGUUCUUUACAGCAUUUAAAUGUCAACAUUUACUUUGAGACGCAAAAAUUGUGAUUAAUGAAAUAAUUCAUCAAGCGUAUUGUACACAUGAAUUUUAAUGAAAAAUGUCCAUAUUGGUUUAUUAGACAAAAAAAUCAGAAGAAAAAUGUAUCAUCGGGAAAAGUUGUCUUUAUAUACAGGUAAACUUUAACGUAAUUACUACAUCAUGUUACAUCUUAAAACAAAAGAGUGGCCCUUAUAGACAGGUAUUUGUUAUAUUAUGUUGACAUUUAUAGACAGGUACUUGCUAUAUAUGUUGACAUUUAUAGACAGGUAUUUGCUAUAUAAUGUUGACCUUAAUAGGCAGUACUUGCUGUAUAAGGUUGACCUUUAUAGACAGGUACUUGUUAUAUAUGUUGACAUUUAUAGACAGGUACUUGCUAUAUAAGGUUGACCUUAAUAGGCAGGUACUUGCUGUGUAAGGCUGACCUUUAUUGACAGGUAUUUGUUAUAUGUCGACCUUUAUAGACAAGUACUUGUUAUAUAUGUUGACAUUUAUAGACAGAUAUUUGCGAGAAAAAAAAUAAUAAUAAAAAUGGCUUUUAUGGCAGGAUUUGAGUAUAUUUUUGUAAAUUUCAGUAGAGGCUAAUGUUUACAAAACAUUGUUGAUGAAUUCAUCUGUUAUCAUUUUUAAACACCUUGAUGUAAAGGUUGGUUUAUCUAAUACACAGAAGAAAACUAAAACAAAAACAUCAUGUUUGGUCAAUAAAGAAAAUCAUAGGUUUUCAUAUCCUCUUUUAUUUGACAGUAUUUUUUAAGAAGUAAUAAUCAACAGUCAGAACCCAGCUUUAAAAUCAUGUUACAUAUAUAUUAUUAAUAAGAUCAUUAUUGAUUACCCUGUAAUUAAAUUACUCACAUUUUUAGUGGAUUUUUUUUUUUUUUUUUUGAAGAGAAAUGCUUUCUGAAUAUUGCAUGUUAUUACUAUAAAACUAUAAUAUGAUUGUGUAUUUCAAUUUUCAUCUUUAAAGAUACCGGUCAGAGUUUUGUUACUACUGUAUAAAUACAUGUAUGUUUAUCUGUAUCGUGGAUGGUUCGAAGUCUUAAACACAUUUACUUACUAUAAAUUCAAUACAAAAAUUUAUUUCAUUCAUACUGGUACUGCUUAAGCCUGCUUAUAGCAAAUUGUGUCCAUUACCCAAAAUAUAUUUUUUGUGGAUUUGAAGUUUCAAAAAAUUCAAAUUGUGAAUUUAUUAGAAUUGUGCUUUUCAAAUUUUGAAAAAAUAUUUAACAUAAUGUAUUCAUCAAAAACAUAUACCGAAAUUUAUCAAGAUUUUCAGAAAUUAUAAUAAAUGAUUUUAUUGUUAUCUUUUUACUAUAUAUGCUUACAAGCAUAUCAACAGAUUGGUGACAGCUAUAAAUAGAGUUGGGGUCAGGUGUUACCUAUAUAUUUAGAUAACCAAGCUUCUAGUAUACUUUGGGUAUAAUAGAUUAGUAUGAAUGUAUAUGAACAUCUAGAAGUACAAGUGUUGUUUUUGUUGAUACAGCUUAAAAAUGAUUGAGCUCAUGCCUCAUCACAAGUAUGUAUAUGUAUGUGUAACAUGUUACAUAAAGAUAAUUAUACCAACAUCAAAAUUAUUGUAUUGGUAAAGUUUUUUUUUAACUUUCCAAAAUGAUUCAUCAGUUGUGUAUAACAAAUUUAUCUCUGGCUUACUGAUUAACAAUAAGUAUACAAAAUUAAUCUGAUCUUGUUCGCCUCUUACUGAAACACAUGUAAUGGUUAUUUUGGACAGUUCAUGUGCCUUGUAGAAGACAUUUUCAGAACAAGGUUAAUAUUUUGAAACAAGAAUAGAGGACUGACAUCUGCACCUAUAUGGUUUGCUUUAAAAAGAAUACUUUUUUUUCAAAUUUGGAGAUUUUACAUUCGUGCAUUAUUUAUAAAAGAACAUUUAACUUUGUGUUUUAUAAUUGACAAAUUCAGUAUCGUGAAUUAUGGAUUUUAAUGACUAUACGUUUCAGUGCCACAAAUGAAUAUUCAUGACUAUAUGUUAUUAUAGCAUGAAUAUGCGAGAUACUAAUAUAUAAUGCUUUAAUUUAGACACUUCAAAUCCCUCUAAUAGGAAUGGAGUUGAUCAGAGGUUUGAAAAGUCGACUGUUUGUGUGUUUGUGUUAUAGUUGUAUAUUACUUUGAUUAUUUUUCUUAAAAUCAGAAUUCAGUAUUGCUAUAGUUUGUAAUCAAGCAUAAUGCUAUUUCAUCCUCAUUGUUUAUCAGUAUAAAACAAAACAGUUGUAUCUUGUUUAUCCAGUCUCCUUUUUGUGUACCUUAACUGAAUAAGGUAUAAACAGUAUGACUAAUAGUUAAUACAUGUCAAAUCUGUCACAUAUACAAACUGGUGGCUGCAUUUUCAAAAUCUAACUGCCUUGUUUGAUAUUGUCUAAUACAUUACCUAUAUACAUGUACUCAUCUGCUCUGUAAUGAAUCACAGACACAAAAUUGAUUUGGGGAUCUAUUGUAAAGUUGGAUAUUAAAUUGCUACAAAUAGAA